CUCCUUCCUACAGACUCCAGCUUCCUGUCUGAGGAGUGACUCCCAGCCACCUGGCCACAGGGCAGUGGAGUCUGGGGUCCAGCUCAAACCAGGACCUUCACAGAAUGGGGCUAAACCCCGAGAGUAUCCCCUCUGCAGCACGGGCUGCCCUCAUAGGAGGGAUCUCAGCAAACGGCAUCACCAGGCAAUUCCCGUUGUUCAUAAAGACAGAGAAGUUAAGCAACUCAUGCUGCUACCUGAGCCAACGAUCCCCGGACACAGCAACACCAGCGGAGCUGCAGGGAAAGAUAUCAGCUGUCUGCAUCCGCACCCUUGAAUCAAUCAUAAGCAUCAUGCUACUGCAGCCUGUGUCCGCAGUCAACACUGUGGAAGAGCAGAGGGCCCGCUGGGAGAGGAAACGUAGACGGACAGCCAAGGAACUGGUGGAAACGGAGCAGAAAUACCUGGAGCAGCUGGACUUGGUGACCACAUAUUUUGUGACAAUUCUGAAGGCCAAAGGGACACUGCAGCCAGCUGUGCGGGAAGCCAUCUUCGGUCGCCUGGAAUCCAUACAUUGCACCAGCCAGAUUCUGCUGUUUCACUUGGAGAGAGGGCACUUGGGGCUAGGAUUGGAGGGUUUCUGUCAGAAUAUGGAGCUCUAUGGCCACUAUGCUGAAAACUUGGAGCAAGCUAAGAAAACCCUGCAGGAGCAGGUGAAGAAGAAUAAGGCAUUUUGCCGGUUUAAGAAGCUUCAAGAGUCUCGACCUGAGUUCCUGGGAUGGCAGCUGGAGGAUCUGCUCCCUCUGCCACUGCAGAGGCUCCAUCAAUACAAGCACUUGUUCAGAGACCUGAUGGAGAACUCCAGCCCGGAUAGUGUGGAGUUCCAGCACCUUGCAAAAGCUGUGAAAUCUGUUUCUGAGGUGUCUCAGUGGGUCCAUAGCACAAUUUGCAGCCGUGAGAACUCAAUGCAACUGCUUCGGGUCCAGAAACUGCUCAAAGGACGGAAGACCAAGGUGCUGACUCCAGGGCGCUGGUAUAUCCAAGAAGGCUGGCUCAUGGUGGUACCCACAAAGGGCGAAGAAGUGAAGCGUAAGAUGUUCUUCCUCUUCUCCGAUAUCUUGAUUGCGACGAAGCCCUGCCACCCACUGCAUCCCCUGAACUCGGACAAGUUUUCUUGCCAGGCAGUCUAUCCACUUAACCAGUGCACAGUGGAUAAAGUGUUUGGCCAUACCCAGAGCCAGGGAGGGCUGCUCAGUCUCUCCUUUCCCCACAAGACACUGCUGUUGAUGUCAAGCAACCAGGAGGAUAUUAACAACUGGUAUCUGAAUCUGACAGCUGCUAUCAGGCAGCUGAAAGCCAGGCCGACCCUUAUACACCAGAAGGAAUACCUGACAGAACAACCUGUCAGCUCAAGAGAGGCCCACACAGUCCAGAAAAUGUGCCAGGAUUUAUAAGAGCAAAGAUUGGUUUGGCCACUUCCCAUACUUGUUCGUCAGAGACAAAGGGCAAGCUGAUACCUCAGCCAGGUGUAAACAAGGCUGAUGGAUAUUACCUGCUAAAUGGCCAUUCUUUGGCAGGAAAGGGGGCAGGGGCAAAAAUCUGUAUCUUGAGUUUCCUUCCACACAAACAGCCUGUCGCUUUGCUUCUAGCUGGAAAUGCUCUCAAAGGGGGCAGAGGACUCUCUCUCCCUUCCCAUCACAUUUUCUGCAUCUGACAAAACAAAGGAAGCAGCGGUUGGACUCUGGGGGAGGGGUCCUUACAUAAAGAGUUUGGUCAGCAAGACUGCUGAAAGCAUGUGGUGAGAAAUCUUUCCUUUUGAAUAUAAUCUAUUGUUAGGCACCAGUGAUUGUUUUAUUUUUCUUGUAACCAUUUCUGACUUAUGGCUCAUUACUCGUACUCACUUAAAAUCCAUCUUUGCAGUUAAUAAACUUCUUUUAUCUAA